UCCUGCAACCCGGCCGCGGGUAACCUGCACCCCGCCGGCCGCCGGGGUGGGCUGUGGUGGCCGAGGCGGAGGUCGGCCGCGGGGGCGAGGUGUCCUCAUGACUUCUCUCUCGGACCAUGUCCAUGAUCCUUUUCGCCAGCAUCGUACGGGUGAGGGAUGGACUGCCCCUCUCAGCUUCCACUGACUUUUACCACGCCCAGGGGUUUCUGGAAUGCAGGAGGCAGCUCAAGAUCUUAGCCCAGAGGCUGGCUCAGCAUCCAGGCCGAGGCUGUGCAGAAAGUUGUGACUUCCGUAUCUAUUUUUCAUCAUCGGGGGACGUGGCCUGCUUGGCCAUCUGCUCGCGCCAGUGCCCAGCAGCCAUGGCGUUCUGUUUCCUAGAGUCUCUGUGGUGGGACUUCAUGGCUUCCUACAACACCACCUGCAUUGGCCUGGCCUCCCGACCCUACGCCUUUCUUGAGUUUGACAGUGUCAUCCAGAAAACAAAGUGGCAUUUUAACCACAUGAGCUCCUCCCAGAUGACGAGUGGUUUAGAGAAGAUCCAAGAGGAGCUUGAGUUCCAGCCUCCGGCUGUCCUGUCCCUGGAGGACACAGAUGUGGCAAAUGGCAUGCCAAACGGACACACCCCAGUGCACUCUGAACCUGCUCCGAAUCUCCGGAUGAAGCCGGUGACAGCCCUGGGUGUCCUCUCCCUUGUUCUCAACAUCAUGUGCGCAGCCCUGAACCUCAUCCGCGGAGUUCACCUUGCAGAACAUUCUUUACAGGUCGCCCAGGAGGAAGUUGGAAACAUCCUGGCUUUCUUUAUUCCGUCUGUGGCCUGCAUUGUCCAGUGUUAUCUGUACCUGUUCUACAGUCCAGCCCGGACUCUGAAGGUGCUACUGUUGCUGGCCUCCAUCUGCCUGGGCAAUGUGUACCUGCAUGGGCUGAGGAACACCUGGCAAAUCCUCUUCCACAUAGGAGUGGCUUUUCUGUCUUCAUAUCAGAUCCUGACCAGACAGCUACAGGAGAGGCAGUCAGACUACGGAGUGUGAUGAGGGUGUCCUGCAGUGGAUGGCACCUUUGAUUUUUUUCCCCCACUUUGGAAGGCCAGUCUGUUUCCACUCCUGCUUCUCAACUUCACCUCAAACCUCCAUCCUUGAUGCUCCCAAGGUCACAGAUUCUGGCGGGUGCAGCGGAGGACCCGGGGCUGCUGGUUGCCAAUCCUGGUCUGUGUGGAACGUUUGUGCAGAACCACCAGCCGAGCACAGGACAGGGCAGCCGGUGCAGGAGCUUGCUCGGAGAGCAUCCGUGGCGGUCAGAGUGGUGGUAUCUUGGUCUCCUAAAUCUAAUGAUAACUGCAAACCACUAGAUUCCAUAAUGGUAGGUUUAGUAACUGGCAAGUGUCUAUCAGUGUGUGGACUCAGCAUAAGUUCUGCUUUCCUUACGUCAUCAGCACAGGUAAAUAAGCUUGAGAAUAUGGCUCACAAACACAAGGUAGAUAAAUUUUGUUUACAUUUUUUGAUAACUUGGGUUCGAUAAACUUGGAAUAUUUAAAUAUAUUUUGGAUAUAAAUUGAAACUCAUUCAGAAUGGAGCGAACUUAGGCUGAGAAAAUGCUAAGGAAACCCAGGUUUAUUUAAAUGACAGAGACCUUUUAUGGUGGCGGGACUUUAAGGAUACCGAUGUGGUUUAUAUUUAUUUGCAGAACCUAUCCGAAUUCUGUUUGGAUUAAUCACCGUAUCACUGGGUCAUAGACACAUAGGCAUGAGCAGAUGAGAUUCAGGGUCCUCUAGGAGGGCAAGGUGGAGGGGAAAUGCCAGGGUUUCAGAGGUCCUUGACAGAAAUGGGGGAGGCUGCUGUUAUCUGCCUUUGUUGUGGCAGCUGGGUGCUCGGCCACUGUAGAUGGAGAUGUGGUCCCGCACACCUCCUCUUAGAGAGAGAGGCCUCCUGAGUUAAUUACUCCUCCGCCCUCCCUUGAGCAUCUUAAUUAGACCACAGGCCUCGUUUUAUGGACAGGUAUUAAGUAGGUGUUAAUACUCAAAAGCUUUGUGUAACUGGCACAUGCUCUGUAAAGCUGCUACGGCGUGCUUCUGAGGAAGAGCCCCCUGCAUCUCCAGUGUGGGUAUCUAGUGGUACUCAAGAAACCAUGUUGGGGUUCACCCCUCUGGCUUGUUCUUGGAGUCUACCCACAAUUUCAUGGGUUGGCCCAAGAGACUCCAAAAGUGAUAAGCCCAUUUUGGUAGUUUUUAAAGGAGAAAACCAUCCCAAAAGUUACGGAGAAGUGGGGAAAGACAGAGCAUAGGGUUAGACAAUUCUGUUAAAUUUGGCUAUUACCAGUGACCUGUGUUAGUCAGCUGUUGGGUAUCAUUUCAGGAACGAGGUUUUGUGACUCAGAACUGGAUUGAAAAAAUAUCUCCAUUGUAAUUGUCUUUCCUUAUAAGAGAAUUUUCUAUUUUUAAUCGAAUCUGCAAUGUCCGGGUAUGAAUGUCAUAUUGGCAGCAUCCUUGGAUGUGGGCUUCAGCCUUUCGUCUCUGUUGAUCUCAAACCUGUGUAACACACCUGUGUGUACAUUUGUGUAUACUGUGUAGGCAAAUGCUCACUCUUCCUGAUAGAAUUCUGAGGUGGGAAAGAGGAAGGCAGAGGAGGAAGAAAAUUCUUUUAACUCAAAGCACACAUUCAAAAAAAAUUUUAAAGUAAUUUAAAAAAAUCAGCCUAAAGCUGUAUUGUUUUCCCCUUAAGCCUGUGUGGUUCUGUGUUGCUCUGUAUCUGGACACCGCACACACUCUAGGGUCUGAGCCUCUGGUUGUCAAUCCACAAGCAGUAAUGAAGCAAGGGUUCCCUGAGGGCAUCCUUGUCACAGAUGCCUCACACUUCGUAGAUGCUAGUGAGGUGUUAUACGCUUGGUGACAAGGCUGGUGACUUAUCAUCUAAAUAGGGUUCCAGGCUGACUCUUAGAAGUGGAAGGAGAAGACAUCCUCAAGAGAAAAAAUGCACUGAGGCAGAGUCCAGCCAGGAGAAGCCUUACCUCCCUGGAGGAAGAAGCUAACGACAGGACAGAAGUCCCAGGCUUUGGUGCCUUGGUUCAGGCUUAGAUGUUUGUAGCCCGGUGGGAGCCAGGACACAUUGGUUCCAAGGCAGGAGUGUUUCUUUGCCCAUUGCUGGCUAUUCUUCUGGUGGGUGCUGCUUGCCCAGUGGCUCACAAGAAAUGGUGCAAACAGAGUGAACUGAAGGUGCUUUCCUGUUCAGGGCUGCCUGUCUGCUGUUAGCCUGUGGGAGCAGCCCUGCACGGGCUUAGGCAGAAAGCAUUUGGUUUGGGUUGCUUUUCCCUCAGUGAGCAUCACCUUGAGAGGAACUCUACCAGUCUCUCCCUUUUCAGGGUGGAGACAGCUGGGCCAUCUGAGGUCAACUUCCCUCUUGGUCCCAAAUGCCUCACAGACCCCACGGGAGCAGUAGGGUUGUGGCCCUUGCUAUCCGUGAACCCUGUUGACGCGUGUUACUUGACCCUCUUUCUUUCCUAGUUACGGUGGUGUUUCCCCUCCCCGGCCUGUUUCCAUGCCUCCUACAUUCCUGGCUCCAGAUGGAGAUGCAAGCUAGAGUCUGUGGAGAGACAGGAAGCCUAGCAUCAGUGAUGGAGAGGGAGGCAGCUUUGGAAUCCCGCCCUCUGCUCCGCCCUCUGCCCCGCCCUCUGCCCUGCCUUGCCUCAGCACUCAGGGGAAGCAGCAGUUUGGUUGUAGGCAUUGCUUGGGGUCAAGGGUCACAGCCAGCAGGCCUAAAUAGGUGGCUGUUUGGAGAGUAGGAGGUGGCCUGGGGUGGGAAGAGGAGUGGCUGCCCAUCUUCGGGUGCCCUGGGUGUGUCAAGGGCUGCAUGCCACGCUUUCAUUCACUCCUGUCCCGUGCUGCUCCCCAAGGGAGCCACCUGUAACCUCAACACUUCAAGCUCCCUCCCGUGUGUCUGACAGGAAUGACGUGUGACGGAGGCUGUACACGGCCAGGGUGCUCACUGCUGUCAGCCGUGUCCAGCAAACACUUGCUAAGCUGUUGCACGUGUCUGUCUCCCCAUGUGUGCUGUGAGAGCCCAGAGUGGUGGAUAAAGAGAAACCAGGGUGCUCCUGAGAUAUGAGGUAGGGGAAAGGAGCACACAGGUAAGCCAACCCAGUGGCCUGGAGAGCAGUGGGGUUCUUCCACUCAGGCCUGGGUCACAGUAGACAUCCCUCCUCAGUGCCCAUAGGAUUGCAGGUGACCACAAAGGGGACUGCUAUACAUAGACAGGAUGCAUCAGGCAGCAGGCUACACCAGCGUUCAAGCAUCUACCGGGUGGCAUUUUAUACUGCUGCAGUACAAAGACCCCAUGCCUUCAUUCCAGAGAGGAACUGGCUCCAUUCAUUCCCAGAUCUGCCUCAUGGUUUCUGUACAUGGAACCCCGAUACAGUCAGCGUCAGUAGAUCUGCUUCAGAAUUCAAGGAGCUGGGUUUGUAGGCAGGCUCCAGUCUCAACAAGGAAAGCUCCUUUGCUCCACCACUCCCGGCCACCCAGAACAGAGUUAUCACUUUUCUUCCUCUUCUUCCUCCUCUUCCUUCUCUUCUUCCUCCUCCUCUUUUUCCUCCUCCUCCCUCUCUUCCUCCUCCUCUUCUUCCUCCUCCUCUUU